ACGCCCAUGCCCGUACCCGCACCUAAGAUGGCGGGAGCGGGUGGUGCCGCCCCGGUCGUGUGAAGGGCCGCCUCCCAUACCCGCCCUCGCGUGGGUGUGCCCUGCUGACACCCUGUGUUCCCCGAGGAUUUGUUGUUUUUCCAAUGCAUCAACUUUUGAAGGCAUGAGAGUAUUUAAGUGGAAGGCUUGGACAACUUGUGCAGAUUUGGCAGCCACUGCCCCAGUGAUAUCUUGCUAUCCAGGGAGGAGCAUGCACUGGAACUGAAGGAUUGAGGGAUGAACAGCACAGGAGUGCCCUCCUUCUGCAGCAGUUAUGUUACACCAAGCCUGGCAGCUCUGUGGGAGGUGGUGCCGGUGGUCCAGCUCUGUUGUCCAUCUUAUCAUGCUGACUGUGAUGACGUUCGGGGUGGUUGCCCCUUUGAUUUGCCACCGGCUCCUCCACUCCUAUUUCUAUUUGCGGCGCUGGCACCUGAACCCCAUGAGCCAGGAGUUCCUGGAGCACAACCAGCAGGAGGGACAGGAUGCCCUCCAUUACUUUGAGAAGAUGCAGAUACCAAAUGCCUCUGAGGCCUCUGGCAGUGAUGCCUUCCAGCCCUUGCUGCUGAUCACCAUUAUCACUGUGCAGAGGCGGUAUGAUUUCCACUAUGUCCUGCAAGUGGCCUCCCGCUUCCACCGCCUCCUCCAGGAAUGUGGUGCACGCUGCCGGAGCCACCGCGUGCUCCUCUGCAACGUGGAGUCAGACCCCAGUAGCCAUCAGGAUGUCACAUUGCUGAGCAGCUUCUUUCCUAUGGUCAGUCGUGACAGAACUGGAGAGAACCCUGACCCCAGAGUGAACCAGUUUGAGAAGGAGAAGCAGGACUAUGUCUUCUGCCUUGAGCAGUCCCUGUUAUCAUACAACCCACAGUACAUCCUUGUAGUGGAAGAUGAUGCUGUGCCAGAGAAGGAGAUAUUCUCUGUCCUGCAGCACCUCUUCUUGGCCCGGUUUUCCAAACCGUAUCUCAGAGAUGCUCUUUACUUCAAGCUCUACCAUCCUGAGCGGCUCCAGCACUACUUCAACCCAGAGCCCAUGAGGAUCCUGGAGUGGUUGGGCCUGGGCAUGUUGCUGGGGCCGGUGCUGAGCUGUGUGUACUCAUGGGCACUGGGGCGGCCCAGCCCCAGCUGGCUGCUCGUGCUGUUCUUUGCUCUGUACAGCAUGGCCCUGUCGGAGCUGGUGGGGCGGCACUACCUGCUGGAGCUGCGCCGCCUGCACCCCGCGCUCUACAACGUGGUGCCAGUCACCGAGUGCUGCACCCCAGCUAUGCUCUUCCCGGCUCCCUCUGCCCGGCGUGCCUUAGGUUACCUGCAGGGGCUGCACUGCCGGCAGGGAUUUGCUAAGGACACUGCCCUCUACUCCCUGCUGUGGGCCAAGGGGGAGAACGCCUAUGUGGUGGAACCCAAUCUGGUCCGGCAUGUGGGAAUGUAUUCCAGCCUCCGGCUGAACAGCAGCCCAAAGCUGCUGUGAUCUGUGCAUGCCUUUCCAGACACAAAAGCCAGGGAACUUGCCACCAGGCAGAAGGGGAAGUGUGCAAACUGGGAUAUUGUGCUGCUUGCACCGGGCUUCCUGUGCCUCCAAAUGGACAAAGAAUAACUCUCUUUAACAAAAAACAAAACACAAAGGUCCUUAAAAAAAUCAGCUUAUAUACAUAUAGACCCUAUUUAAUAUAUACCAUGCACCACCUGGGAGGGGAGUGGAUGAUCCCAGGAGAAGGUGUGGGUUGCCCACUCUCCUUAACUGUUCUUGAAGGAAAGCUCUCACACCAACAUGCACAGCUAUCCUGCCCACUCUUCUGUACACUGAUUACAAAAUUUGCUUUAGGGCAACAGAAAUGUGGGACAAAAUGAAUGUUUUAAAUUUAAGCUAAUGAGAAAGGGCAGGCCUUAUUUCUUCAUCCUUACUAAGGUCUGAUCUCUGACCUCUGUCUGUUUCAAAGCUGUGGUUUUGAGCAGACCCUUCAAAAGCAGAGGUGGUUUACGGGAACUUCCCCGCAAAUUCUGUCUGGAUGCUUAAAAUUUUAUGAAGCCUCUAUUAGUUACUGUUUCCCCCUGCAGAUCCUAUCUGCACCUCCACCCUUCCCAUUCUUUUUGUUCAGACCAGAGGCUCUUAAAAAUAAAGCCUCUGCUGCUCCAUUAAUUGUCAACUCUGAGGGUAGGAAUAGGGAAACAGAAUCACAUCCAUUGGUGUUGCACAGACGGGUCACAAAUGCACAUUUUUGUUGAUACACAACAGAUGUUAAUACACAUAACAGGAUUGAUUCCUGGGCUGGUUGGUUUCAUCACUAGUUGUAGUGAAUCUAGCUCAUUAAAGGAGGUCUUAUCAGUC